AUGGCAGAUGACGAGGACUGGUGUCGCACAUUGGAUGCACAACUAGAAGAACGAUUUGGGCCAACUGUGCCGGCAAAGCUGUCAGCUGCAAGUUUGAACUUUUCACGAUGCAGCCUCGAUGACCAGGCUCUGACGAAGUUGCUGACAUACCUCUACAGCCGCGACAUAACAGUUCAAAUCCUGAAGCUCUUCAGGAAUAACAUUACGGACUCCGGCGCUUGGGCUGUCGGCCAGUUCAUGGCGCACAGCUCCCAAGCUGUGCAUGAAGUGCACCUGAGCCACAACAGCAUCUCCGAAGAAGGUGCUGCAGCGCUGUUGGAGCUCAUCGUCUGGAGCCGAAAGUACCCCUAUGCAGCCGAGAACACGGGGCGCCGGGACGCGCGUGGCUACUCGCCCAUCUGGCUGCGACUUGAGCACAAUUGCAUAGAUUGGCGCUUGAUCGAUCACAGGUUGCACCGCCCGGACCUCACGUGGACGACUGCGGAGUCUCGGGACAACUGGCCACCGAUGGGAGAUGCCGCCCCAACGAUCUGCCUGCAUGCCUCGUUCAGGCCGGAGCUUUCGGAUGGGGUUCCAAAGGGAUUUAGGGUUUAG